AUGGCGAAUCGCCUCGGGUUGGUUCUCCUCCUGGUGGCCUUGGCCGCAGCAGCAGCCGAGUCAAAGUUGUUCGGAGAAAAUGUAAUGAACCUUGCUCAUUUGUCCCGUGGACGUGGACUUGUCGCAGAUUUUGUGAACCCUAGGGAGGAGAUGAUGAUGGCUUCGGAAUCGGCUCGACGUACACUUGAGGAGGAAACCCGUUCCAAGUUCAUUAGCUAUGAGGCACUUCUAGCAGACAACAUCCCGUGUGACAAACGAGGCAGUUCCUACUACAACUGCCAGGACCAUGGCGAGGUCAACCCUUACAACCGUGGUUGCAAUUUUAUUUCUAAAUGUGCUAGGCACACCGACUAA